UUUUAUUCCCUCGGCCGCCACACAGUGAUGCAAAAAAAAGUGUCUAGUUCGGUGUGGAAAAGCGCGCAAGCGCAAAUGAUUGUUGUUAUUGUAGAUUCCAACCUGUAUAUUUCCCAGAUUUCAAUUUUAAUUUUAUAAUUUACGAUUAUGAUAUAAUAAUAAUAGUUUUUCUCUAGAAAAUUAAUAUUUGGUUAUUUUUGAUACCUGUAUACAAUUAAAACCAGUUCAAGAUGGCUGAUGAUACUACUAUUCUUUCUGAAAUCCAAAAUAAAUAUGUGCCAUUUAUGAAAAAACUGAUUGCGUUCUUAGAAAAGACUAAUAAAACUACACCAGAUAUGCUUAAUAAAAUAAAAGCCAUAUAUGCCAUUUUUACUUCAUCAGAAGAAUCCAAGCAGAUAGAAGCUUUUAAGACUCAUGAAAAGAAACUGGAGAAAUGGUAUAACAAUGCUCAAAAUAAAAAGCUCAAGAAUGAAGUUGAAAGCUCUGGUUCUAAGCGACCAUUUAUUGAAGAUACAGAUUCCUCUCAAGGUGCUAUAGAGAUUAUUCCUACUAAGCGACAAAGAGAAACAUCUGCUGUUGGUUUGAACAAUAAUUCAAGUGCAAGUAUUAGUAUACCUGCACCUCUUCCUAUUGAUAAAAUAAAGCAAGAAAAGCCAGAUAAGCCUGCUGUUAAAAUGCCAACUCCUGCUCAGAUAGCUACUCCAGUUGUCAGGAGUAAUACCAAUGAAACUUCCAACAACUCAAACACCUCUCAAGACUCGGGUGAAGUAGUUUUUACUUGCGCAUCAUGCCAGUUUCAGACUCACGAUGAUCAAGAAUUUAUGAAGCACACCCGCACUGAUCAUCGUAGUGACUUAUCUAUGUGGUGUAAACAAUGUGGAAAAUGUUUCAGUAAUGCUGGAGUUUUGGUUUCUCAUAUUAAAGAGAGGGCAUGUACAAAAGAAGAAAUGAUCUACAGAUGUGGUGUGAAGGAUUGCACAUUUGAAACUACUAGCGGGCAAACAUUUGUGCAUCAUUUGAGACAUUGCCAUAAAGGAAGUCCUUUCAUUUUUUGUGUGCAUUGUCAAAAAAUUUUUACAUUACCACAUUGUCUUAUAUUACACAUGCAAGAUGACUGCCCUUUUAAAGAUAAAAAUAGAAGAAACCCAGGAACUGCCCCCUCUAAUUCAACUAACUCAUUACCAAAAAUUGCUGACGCCUCUCCAAUCAUAAGGCCAAUAACUCCCAAUGUUACACCGAGAGUUCCAACCAUAUCUUCCGUUCGACCUGUAACUGCCUCAACUCCAACAAUCCCUACAGGUAUGAAUGCUAGUUCAACACCUCGGGGUAAAGUAAUGCCGUCGUCUCGAGGGCGUGGUCGUGGAAGGGGAAGAGGUAGGGGAAGACCACCCUCUAGCAGUAGUGAUUCUGAUGAUCCAGAUGAUCCAUCUUGGCGUCCUGAAGAAUUACCAGGGCAAACUGGUCUGAGACGAUCUGGUCGCUGGGCUAAGAGGGUGAAUGAUGUUAUUAAUGUUGAACCUAAACAGCCCAAAACAUCAUUGUCAUUGAGUCAACUUGAUUCAAAUAAGAUGUUAAAUUGUCCUUGUUGUGAUUUUAUGGCUGCAUUUACAUCAGUUCUUGAAGAUCAUUAUAUAGCUCAUCACAAAGUAGCGAACAAAAAUGCUUGUUUGAUCUGUCAUCUUAAAUUUGAAAACACUCGUGGAUUUAUUGAUCAUUUUGGUGAUCAUGCUAAUGGUAAACUUCCAAAUAAGCUACCUGUUGAAACAGUUUCCCAAGUAGGAAGCCCUGCUACUGUAGUCAUUAGUACGGUACCAAAUCGUAAUAGUGUGGAUGUUCAGGAUGUAGUUGAUAAAGUUGCUUCCAAAUUAACUGUUGAUGGUUUGGAAAAUGUUGUCAAGAACCUGGCUGAUGUGAGUGUUCUUGAUCCAACUAAAGAUCCUGAUGUGAAAAUACCAUAUCAGGCAGCAAUCCAUGAUAAAAGUUUAAAAGAUUCAAAAUUAAAAACCAUUGAAGAACUAAAAUCACCAAAUGACCUUGUUGCCAUGAAGUGUGAAGAAAAAUUGAAACAUUUUUUUAAAUGUGUCCUUUAUAAUUGUACUUUUACUUCACACGAUCGCAAUGACUAUUUUAUGCAUUUAGAUUUGGUACACAAAGGAAAGAGACUACACUGUUGUUACUGCCUCAAAGAAUUUUUCUCAGGAGAAAGUGUUACUGAUCAUAUGGUUGGUGAACACAGUAAACGUAACUAUCAAUGCAGCAGCUGCUUUUAUCGAGCAUAUAGUAAAAUCCAUGUUCAGAUUCAUAUAAAAAAUUAUCACACGAAAGAUACUAACACUGAAAUAUAUAGUUGUGAGCCUGUUGUAAGUGGUGCGGCUUCUCCAAUCAAAGAAACAGAUGAUACAUUGAAUACAACUUGGCCUUACAUUUGUGCAGUAGGAGAAUGUAGUUACCAAAGCUUUGAUCCCAAAGAUUUCAAAAUUCAUAAUGAAUCAGUUCAUCGAACUGUUACUGUUUUUUACUGCUACUACUGUAAGGUUGAUUUCAUUUCUCUCAAACGAUUGCUUAAUCAUUACCGCUUACAUGGAAUCAAUACAUUUCAGUGUAAUUACUGCAUUCAUGGGUCAGAGACUAAGGAUGAAAUUUUACUACAUCUCUGUUCCAUUCACGCUGACAUGCCACUAAAAGCUUACAUGCGUGGAACAGAAGAGGAUGCGUCCACAGAGGUGCAACAAGUUUCUUACUCUGUGACAAAAGAUUCGACAGGAAAAACAAACGACACUGCAAUUACUGCUCCUAUUGUUGAGAAAGAUGCAGAUAGCAGCGAUAAAGUAAUUGAAAAGCCUGUCAAAGUGUUCCAAAAUUUUGAAGCAAGUUUGUAUGAAGUAGUAGGCAGCACUUUCUAUCCAAAAUAUUUAAAAUCUAUUUGCUCUGAUUUAAUAUGUGGCAUUCCUUAUUGUUCAGAAAAGCUUGAAAAUAUGUCAGCCUACAUCGGCCAUUUAAGAAAUAUUCAUGCAGCAGCAAAUUUUUCAUGUCCUCAUUGCCCUGAAGUAUCUGAGACUUGGGAAACUUUUAUUACUCAUCUUUCUUGCCAUGGAGCUAACUUGUAUGCUUGUGGUCUUGCUUCAUGUGAAUUUUUUGACUCUGAUAAAAAUAGAGUCUCAGAACAUUUAAAAAAGCAUAAUACCUCAGAUGCUAAAAUUAUUAUUGUCAGAGAAGAAGAUCAGGAAUCAAAGCAAAAUUCUGAAAUUAAAGCAUUACCAAUUAAUUGUCCCUUCGUCAUUGAGGGAGAAAAUUUUCAAUGUUACUUUUGUUUGUAUAAAAGUAGCAGUGCAUGUAUUAUGAAAAAUCAUUUAUACCAAGAAUUGUAUUACAAAAGAGUUAAAUGUGACUAUUGCCACGAGCGAUUUGGGAGCAAAAACAAUUUGAAAAUACACACUUUAAAACAACACCCAGAAAGUCAAUUAAACUGCUCUGUCAUACCCAAUCUUCAAAUCGAAAAAUUGGUUAAAUUAGUUUUGAAGGAAAGAACUCUGGUAUCUAAGAAAGGACCUUAUACUUGUAAAAACUGUUCCAAAAAUUUUAAUUAUUCAAAUCAUUGGCAAAGACACUUACCUUUGUGCCUUUCUCAAAAUUACCAGCCUCAUGAAUGUGGAUAUUGUUCAUUUAGUUGUGUGGAUAUAAAAAUACUUCGAUUCCAUGUCGAUGAAAAACAUCACCCUAAAACUUUCCUUUCUCUCAUAAUUUCAAGUUCAACAAUUGAAGAAGAAAUCGGAAAGAAAAUUCAAAGUACGAAGAUAGAAUGUUUGUUAGAUAUGAUUGGGAAAGCUGCAGAAGAUGAAAAUGAGGCUAUUAAAGAUUGUUGGUUUGCCAAAUUUUAUGUUUGCAGUAUUUGUUCUUUUGAAUCAAACCACAAAUAUAACAUUGAAAAACAUUUUGAAAGGGCUCAUGUCGGUGCCAAGGUCGACAUGUUGAAAAGUAUGCGUAAAAUGGACAUCCCCUCUGGUCUCUCUGCUGGAUCAGAUGAUAUUUCAAAUGAUGGUUCCAAGACAUUGCCGGAUUCUUCGAGUGACAUUAAGCGUUAUCGCUGUGGAUUUUGCAUAAAGAAGAUGUUUACUCUACAAGAGUUAAGAAUGCAUGUUGAAAGUGUACAUUCUGUGCGUGAUGAAAUGGAAUACUUUUAUUACUACAACCCAGAUCUUAAGUUAGUAUUGAAUGAAAUUGAGGAUGUACAAUUUGAAUGCUCUUAUUGUAAAUCAGGGAAAGAUACUUUAGCUGCAGUAAAGAAACAUUGUGAUUUAAUGCAUCCUGACAGUCCAUUUAAAGUUAGGGGAUUUGUUUCAAGAAAUAGUGGAUCCUCAUUAUCUGCUAUUAUUGCUUGCGGAUAUUGCUAUCAGCGUCUACAUAAUAACACUGAAUUAAAGAGACACUUAACUACAAACCAUCCAGGUCAACCUCACAAAUCUAUUGGUGACUUUCCUGACGUACCUCGUAAAAAACGUUCACUCGAAAGUACGGAAGAAGAUUUACCAUAUAAAAAGGUGCGAUUUGGAAAUCAAGUGUAUGUUUGCUCCCACUGUGGAGCUGCUUACUCUAGCAAAGAACAUAUUGCUACCCAUUCCAAGAAGUCUCAUUCCCGUCUUCAGCUGGAGUUCUCAGUUGUGAUGCCCUCUUCUAGUGGUGACUACGAGUCACGAUUUUAUAAAUGCGAGUUUUGCCUUUUCACUGCAGAAAAAGAUAACCUACUUAAGCACAUCUCAACGAAGCACAAAAUGAGAGUCACGUGUGGCCACUGCAAUAAACGUUUUGAGUUUGCUUCUAAACUGAGAGAGCAUCACGAUGCGUGUCAUAAGGGGCUGCCCGUGAAAUACAAGCAAGAAACGGUUGGUAAUGUUGUUAAACCGGAAUUGAAAACUGACCAAGAUUCCAAUGAUAAAAGUCCACUUCAAAAUGAAACUAAAAAUAAACCUCUUGAUGAUCUGAGUUGUGUGUUUGUAACUUACCACUCAUCAGAUGGAAGGCAAUUAAAAAUGUCUGUUCUAAGUUACUCACAACUUCACAAUAUUUAUCCAAAAGUCAUCCUUACUAAAGUGAAAAAAGAUGAUAUAUCAUAAUUUGUAAGAUUUUUUUUUGCUUAUUUUUCAUCAUCGAUAUCAGUUACGCUAAUUAUUCAGAAAUUAUUAUUUUUUUUAAUUUUAGUGUUAAAAGGAACGAAAAUGUUUUUAAAAUCAAAUUUGUUCUUUCAUUGUCUAUGAAUUUUACUGUCACAUUUCAUUAUGCUUGUUUAUUGCCUGUAACUUGAGGAAUAAAUAAAUGUUUUUGCUAUCA